AUGCCUCCUCGGAAGGGAAUCCCGCCCUUGACACUCAGGCGAAACGUUCGCUCUCCCGGGACCGCCUCCCUCGUCGUUCACCAGGUCGACCAGUUCACGGUUUACGUGUAUCGUGUCAGCUUCUCAUCGACGCUCAUCCAAUACCCACCAUCGCCAGACCUGGUAAUUCAACCCCCGAACGUGCGUGAAGUGGUGAGUGCCCUCGUUGACUCAAGCCAGCAGGAGGACCUGGGCCCAUACAAAGUCCUCACUCUUCCCGUCAGCGAGGCGAAUUUGAUAUUGUUUUUUUACAUAUUUCAUUAUCAACUGCAAGCGCCGUGCCGUGAGCACGGCUUGAACUUGCGAGGGAGAAAGGCGGACUUGAUCGAGCGCCUCGCUGUUGCAGUGUCCCCAAGCUGUCCCAUUCCUUCUAAGAUGCUUACGGCGGCAGUAACGGAAGCAUCGCAGAUGACGGCAUGGAUAACGAAGGCACUAACACAGCAAGAAAUGUAUCAGGAUGAUGAGGAACCGGUGGUGCAAGCAAGCGGCCCGUGUUUGGUGACCAUCGAUGAUGCUAAAGUCUGGCACUGGCUAACUGCUGCAAUCGCGUCGGGCGAGGUCCCGGAUAUGAUAAUUGAUGCACACCGCAUCAUCCAGUACUUGAGGUACACUUCUACCCGCAAGCUUCUCUCGCGAAACGGUUGUGAACGGCGCAUGGGCCCCUCUCUGCAGCGCGAAGACUUCGAUAUCACUGAAAACACAAUCCUCGACUCACACCUUUUUCCAGAGCACUUCGAACAAGUCAAGGAAUCGGUAGUCAUGCACCUCACACAGCGCCAUAUAACGAGAAGCUCUGCGUAUUCGUUGAUGACCCUGUGGACCAGAAGAACCAUGAAUACCUUCAACAGGGGCAAGGGCAUGACGGAUGUCAUUGCUGCACGGCAGUAUGACUAG